AUGGGGAGAACAAAAGUAGUCGGGCCAGAUAACAUCUCCAUUGAGGUGUGGAAGGGAUUAGGAGAAGAGGGUAUUCGUUGGCUGACAAACCUCUUUAAUAUUAUUUUGAGGACACAUAAGAUGCCAAAAGAAUGGAGGAUUUGCACAGUAAUACCUCUGUUUAAAAGUAAAAGCGAUGCGCACGUAUGUGGGAACUAUAGAGGUGAACUAGAGGUGUCCAUUGAUGAAGAUGUUGUUAAACUUACGAGCAAGUACAAGAAAUUCCCAAGAAAGUUCAAACGAAAAUUCUACCGAGUGGCAAUAAGACCUACUCUGCUAUACGGCAGUGAAUGUUGGUCUGUAAAGAAGAUUUUUGAACAUAAGAUGAAAGUUACCGAAAUGGAUGGCCUUUCUACUUACAAUAGUUGCACAUCAUGCAUCUUUUGCUCCUACUUGAUGGCCUUUUUAUGCGAAUACCAUAUCAAUCAGGUUAUUAAAUUCAAGGCCUUUCUAACAUUUUCUCAUUAG